CUCAGAACCCAGAAAAAAUAUCAAUUUUCCUAAAAAAUUUUAUUAAAAAAUUAUAGAAAAUUUAAAAAAAAAAUAAAAAUUUUAAAUAUUCUAAAAAAGGUAACUAACUAAAAAUUUAACUACAAAAUUUACAAAAAUAAAUAAAUGUGUUAGCUUUCAAAAAAAUUAGCUAAAAAUUGAGCAAAAGAUAUAUAAAUAUUUUUAAAGAAGUUAAGUUCGGAUGUAACCGCACAGAAGAAAGAAGAGAGAAAAUAAGUUUUCAAAAUCAAGGCAAAUAAGAAAGACAUUUAUGGUGUCAUAGCUGAAAAGAUCAGUCUGCAGAAUAAUUGACAAUACCAAUAUCGGAAGCGUAAAAUAUAAAGAGCCAAUAGAAUCGAGUAGCUAGAUUAUCUCUCCAGAUCUUUGAAAUAAUCUUAGUGAUCAGGACUUUCAAAGUAAUUUUCAAAAAAUAAACCCUUCGUGCCUCUCGAGUUGUUUUGCAUUCUCUGAAACUCUCUCCAAAGUCGACAGUUAUCAAGCUUGAGCGAUCCCAGCGUGAAAAUAAGGUGAGCAGCAAUACGAGAAAAGAGAGAGUACAGUUGGUAAAGUCAAAGAGCAAAGAGAGCACUGCAAAGAGCAUCACUUAUAUUAUCUGUGAAAUCAUUUUUCAAGGAGAUAACUAACAGAGAUGAAAUUUCGUUUCUAUGCAAGCCAGCAGUUGCAAUGAGAAGGAAUGUCGUACAGAGAAACGCGGUUAAAGACUGAGCUAAUAUCCGUGGAAAGAACUAAAAGCGAGCGCGAUCCAAUUGAAGUGACUACUAGCCAAAAGCAGCAAAGAGCAACAAAAUCUAAUGAGCUCAUACGAAUGAAUGGGAGAGCGCACUGAUCGGCAGUGAUGUCGCUGAUGUGCAAGUGCGUAGCUUUCAGUGCGGUUUCUUAAUAAAGUGUAAGCUUAAAAAUGGCUACAAAAUAUGCUGUUCUGGCCCGUACAUCACGUUUACAAUCGGUUGCACCAGUUGACGAGCUGGAAGAAGCUUCAAUCGAGUUGCAGAAUUUCACAGUUGCUGCUGGCACACUGAUAAAAAUUGCAUCUGAGCAAUCCGCUACAGCGCACAACUUACAGGUGUUUGUUUAUGAUCCAGUGCUGCGUGAACCCAAUACAAUGCACAUAUAUCAAUGUACGCAAGAUUGUUUAUUGCCCGUGUCUGAUGAUUUGUGGCCAUUUAUCGUCAGUAUACCAGAACCUAACCGUCGCUUGCAACUUUUACACGAUGAAAGUCGUUGUAACUGGCUAUAUACCGCAAUGCCAGGUGAUUUAGUUAGUGUGCCGGGUCGUUACUUUGAUAGCGACGAUGUUAGGCUUUAUGAUUGUAUGAUUUGUUAUAUUGGUCCAGUACCGGAAAUACAUCCAGUUGGUUAUUUCUUUGGCUUGGAAUUGCUGGACGAUGUUCAAUCUCCACAAACUGCUGAUGUAUAUUUUACAAGAAAAUAUUUCGAAUGCGAUGCAGAGGGGGCAAUAUUUAUUACGGCUGAUCGCAUAGUACCUACACCAUCAUCUCAAGUUGAAGAAGUCGAGCAUGCAAAUGAAGCGCCAGAAAGUAGCUGGUCUAUAACUAAUUUUAUACAAAAUACAGUAGAUAGUAUUCGUGCAUCGCUGCCAUUAUAGAUGAGUGAUAGCAUUAAAUUAAUAACUGAGAAAUUUUUUUUAUUCAAAAUACAUACCUAUAAGCAGCUAUGAUAGGUGAUAUUCAGAGGAGAUAUUUUAUGUAAUUUCAUCAUUUUUGACUUCAUAAUACUAUAUUUAAUUUCGUAUAUAAAUAUGAAUGACUACUUAUUUUGUACAUAUCUACAUAUAUAUACAUAUAAGAAUAUUUUGAAUUUCGUAAUUAAAAAUUUAUUUGAAAUUGUUACAUAAAUAAUACAUACAUAUGUACAUAGAUUUUU